UAAGGUAAGAUUGUGGUUGGUACUUGUAUUUGGUAGGCCCUGGUUCACAAUGGAAACCGCCGAGUCGCUCUUGGAGGAGAUAGUGGAUUUAAAGAAGAAAUUAACACAGAAGGAAGCUAUGUUGAGGAAGCAUCUGAAUCAGAAGUAUGAAGAAACUGAAAGUGGACCUGAAAAAUUAACAAAUAUAGAAAUUGACAAAUACAGUAGGCAGAUCAUCAUGCCAGAAAUUGGAAUGAAAGGUCAGCAGACCUUAAAAAAAUCAUCAGUGUUGAUUGUUGGAGCUGGGGGACUGGGUUGUCCAUCUGCCUUAUACUUGACAGGAGCAGGAAUAGGUCGUAUUGGAAUAGUUGACUAUGAUAAGGUAAAACUGAACAACUUGCAUCGCCAGUUGCUUCAUCCUGAAACAAGUGCAGGCCAACCCAAGGUAUUUUCUGCAGUUGAAUCUCUAAAUAGACUGAACAGUUUUGUACAGAUUAUACCAUAUGACAUGAAAAUGGAUAGGUCCAAUGCAUUGAACACAGUAAGAAAAUAUGAUGUAGUGAUAGAUGCAACAGAUAAUGUGGCAACUAGGUACCUACUCAAUGAUGCAUGUGUUCUGACUAGUCGCCCUCUUGUAUCUGGAAGUGCUCUUAAGCUGGAAGGCCAACUCUCAGUGUACAAUUACAGUAAUGGACCAUGCUAUCGUUGCUUAUUUCCUGUUCCUCCACCACCUGAAACUGUCACAAAUUGUGGGGAUGGAGGAGUAUUAGGAGCUGUUCCAGGUGUUAUAGGAGUACUGCAGGCUCUUGAGACUGUGAAGAUAUUGUUGGGUCACAAAGGAGUUCUAUCUAAGAGACUGUUGUUAUUUGAUGGUUCUGAUUGCUCAUUUCGAAAUGUUUGUCUCCGUGACAGGAUUCCAUCCUGUUGUGUCUGUGGUAAUCAGCCCUCUGUUACAGCCCUGGUGGAUUAUGAGCACUUCUGUGGCGCCAUGGCUAAUGACAAACACACUAAAAUUCAUCUUCUUGAUGAUACAGACAGGAUUCAAGCAGAGGUGUAUCAUGGUCUAUGCACUCAACCACACAUUCUGAUUGAUGUACGAUCACCUUUGGAGUUUGAAAUUUGCCACCUACCAAAGUCACUGAAUGUGCCAUUGAAAGACUUGGUAUUAGAACAAGUUAUACAGCAGUUGAAAGAAUCCAUUGCAGAGAAGUGCUCUAGUGAUAAUGACUUCCCAGUAUUUGUAGUCUGUCGUCGUGGCAAUGACUCCCAGAAGGGGGUUUUGGCACUCCGUAAAGCAUUGCAUGGUCUUCGUGUUUCUGUGAGAGAUAUUAUUGGUGGUCUUCACAGCUGGGCUAAGGAUGUAGACCCUUCCUUUCCUGUUUACUGACAUGUAUUUUAUGUUUGACUGAUGGGUGUUGCCUUGAAUUAAUUUAGAAAAUUUAUUGUAAAAGUUGGGCCGAUCCCACAUCCAAGGAGUUCUACCGAAUGUCUAUAGAUCAGAGCCAACGAAAAGUCGGGACCCGCAGUUCUCAGCCACUUGAAGAACAGGUCGUCAAAGUAUCAAAAUAAAGUAUUGCAAAAGUUAGAAUGUUUAAAAAGAAAGGAAUAAAUAUAACAGUGAGUAUUUAAUGUACUAACUUAAAUUAAUUGUUGCUAAAACCCAAAGCUUACAAUAAUAGGAUGUUAUCACUAUCCAUUGGAAUCCAUUUUUAAAAAUAGUUGAUGUGUACUGUAUUAAAUUUAGUAUAAAAUCCUUUCUGUUAGUAGUAAAUCUUUAAAAAGUGCAAGUAGUUUAUGGCUGUGAAUAAACUUAUGUAUUUGAUGCA